GUAACAUUGAUAUAGGGCGAGAAGAGGAAAUAACAUAUCUUAAAAACCCGAUAUUUUAUUCUAAAGUUGCCCAAACAAUAGAGAUCAAUGGUGAUGUUUGGCUUUUGCUGCAAACGUACGAAUGUAAUGAUUAUUCGCCUUUUGCUUCCGAUUCGUUGUCCUCUCUAUAGCGGUACAAGAUUUCAAUAUAGACACUUCUUCACACUGAUGCAGUUGUUACUCACUGAAAGCAAUGUCCAUGAACUGUAUUAUUUGUGCUGGGUUUAUAGGUUUAAUUAAAUUAAAAUGAUGUCACCCCUGCCUUUGGACUAGAAUUCAAUCAGCUCCGAGUUCCGUUCCUGAGGAACUCGUUGUUUUUUUUUGUUUUAUGUUGUGCAUUGCAUCAAUUUCCAAGACAUUGGUUUGUGUCACUUUGGAUUUUCGAUACGGUGAGGAAUAUAAUGACGGCACAACAGGAUCAUAAAUAGCAUGCUAACUUGGAAAGCGUUUAUUUUUGUUUAUUCAAUGUAGCUGUAAAUUUAGCAAUUAAAAGUAUGAUUUGUGCUUUAAUAUAAAACAAAGAUUUAGUAUAAUUGUUAAAAAAGGAAAGCAUUAAAAACUGAAAGAUGAAAUCUUUUGAAUCCCUUUGUAUUUAUGCAAUAGAUUCUUCUAAAUUAUUUAUUUGCCUUCAUUUGACUAUUUUUAAUUGCGAACGUUCUUUAUGUUCUCACACUAAAAGCUAUGAAUAAUCUAGUUUUUAGUUAUUCGUUGCCUAUUAUGUUGAAUACACACUACAUUUUGAAGCGUCAGAGUGAUACAGCAUAACAUAACGUGAGCCAAGGUGUAAAAUUCAAUGUAGUUACCAGCUAUGUAGACUGUCUGAACAUGUGAUAUUGCUCCAGUGUACUGAGAUCUCGUAGUUUGUAGCAUGACAGUGCCAGCGAUGAACAAGACGAGCAUUCGGAGAAAAUCGUAUGACGCAAAAGGAAAGAGAUACAGGAGAACAUGAAAUGAGCUGCGAGUUGAAAAAGAUCGAGAAUUCUUACUCACUGCGUGUAAAAUCUCAUUUUUUUAGUAGUCUGAUUUGGUGUGGUGUGGAGCCUUUGCGUGAUAGUACAACAAAACUUAUAGUAGAGCGGCACGUAACAGCAAAUAAUGGUCUGUUUCUGGAACACCACGAAAGCGACAAAACGGUACCGCUGUCCGAAGAGAUGCGUUAGCGUCGAUAACGAACAUAGGCGGCGCUGGCCUCAAGUAGACGGUAGCGUAAUCGAUUCAAAGGACACGAAUGUACGAUUUGAAAAAAAUAGAGAUUAUUUUAAUCUGAUACUAUUUAACGAUAUCCUGGUUAUAAGUUAUGUAAUUGUAUGCUAAUGUAGGGUUGCAGUUGAGCUAUAAUGCACAUAAGUUUUAUUGCACUAGUGUACAAAUCUUGCACAUAUAUUUGUAAUUAUACUGUUCAUGUAGUAACUUUUAAAAACUAUAAAUUAAAUUUUCUUACAACUCUCAAUUCAAAGAAAAAGGUCCGCUAGUCGACACAUUUUAGUAGAUGUUCUUGUAUUAAGUAAAUACUAUUACUAUAUGAUUUGAGUUUUUGAAGCACCAAACGGGCUCGGCAACAUUAGUAGCAACAUUGACAGUGAUAAAUGAUUGUACACACAUACUGGUUUUUCUCGACAAGAGCGGAGCACAAAUAGCAAACUGUGAUUAUGAUUCUGAUCAGAUUUCCUCUCGUGCCCAAUCUGCUUCUGCUUUGUUUCUCGUAUACUCAAGCUAUACGACUCCGUGUGCCGCGCAACCGGCGAAGCGAGGCAAAGGCCAUAAACAAUCCUUUCUGGAAUGCGCGCGUAACGGAGCCGGGGGUACAUUAUGGUGGGGUGGUUAGAGGGAGUGGUUGGGUUUGGGGGUGAGUUUGCCCUGAUCGGUUCCAGUUGAGGCGAAUGUUGCGCCAUGCUUCAAAAGAGAGCGAGAGAGGUUUCGAUAACGAUUGGGGCCAUCCGAAGACCCGCGUUUGGAGCGAUUCAGAAUCGUUUGAUGGCAACAAUGCCGGAGAAAUCUCACGCGUACCAUACCACGAAGAUCCACACUCUGGUUGAUCUGGAUGGAAACGUUUUAUAGCUGGUUGGAGCGAUGUGAGAAAAUGUGCUUGCGUGAUGACACACUCUCGCGAGUUCUGCAAUUCCCUUCGCGUGGGUGUCGCUGAGUUCGUGCGAACAACCGUGUCGACUCGCACACGUUGGUUGGUACCCCCACAGGGGUGGUUCGAAUCGACCGGAAACGGACCGCCACGUGUGCAUGAGCGAGAAAGGAGGUGGUACGGUUCACGCAUUUUGUUCUUUUUUUCUGUUUCAUACGUACCCUAUCUUGAAGCGGGUUCGUUCACUAGAGCGACUCUGUUUUUGUUUUUCUACCCAACUUUACACGAAAAUGACAGAUUGCUUACUAAGGUAUGAGUGGAGUUGGAGAGACUGGUGCUUCAGUAGUAGCUGUCCUGCAACUCACCAAGCCGUUUGAUGUGUACAGCUGGCAGCAUGUUACUAGUUCACAUCCCCUAGACUGUCUAUGAAAAAGGCAGUAACCGCACGAGUAAGUGUCUGUUGCUUCUAGUAAGAAGCGUAUCAACAAAUGCAUUAAUUCGCUCGACAGUGGUACUUGAGAAAUAAUGUUCGAAGCGCAUAUAUUAGGAACACUAGUAAGCAAAACAAUUUAGCCUUUGUUUUGUUAAAAAAAAUCUUAUCACAUGUUACGAAUUUUGUAUGAAUCCCCAAGAAUAAAGAUACCGAUUAUUACAAAAUAAGAAAACCAAUAAAAGCCCUCCAGCCGAUAUUUGCAUACUUUUGAGCUAAACGAUAUUCCAUUGUUUAAGAACUAUCAAAAUUCUCUCACCCGUGCGUUUGAAGCAAUUGUCCCCCAUUUGUGACGUUUGGCGCAAUCAUACACCAGUAACUGUUACAUGGCCAUGCUCUGGCUGGUACUGUUGGUGCUCGCGAACCGAUUACCAUGCAAUACACUCACUUCACCUCGGGCACUCAUCCACGAAUGCUACUUCCGAACGGCCAAAGAUCCGCUUUCCUGGUUCCGCGACAGAAGAUCUGCGACCAACGAACAGAGACGAACUGUUUCGUUGAACCGGCCUAACGGAGGACGCUUCCUACCGUUGUGGGUGGGUGCAUCUACCGGACUGUAGGAAUCAUAACAACGAUGGGGAUCCGUAGCGGGGUGCGGCCGUGUUGGAGUGCAGGGGCCGUAUGAAUGUAAUGUUAUAGCUGGGAGGACUCUCUGGCACGCGCGUGUGGAACCGCUGGCUCAGCUCAGUUUAUCUGUGCUUGCAUUGCGAUCGGGCACCGCUCGCUUCUGGUCGGCGGUAAUCGGCUACUACCCCGAAGUGAACAGUCAAUUGAUGAUGAGCACGCUGGAAAUACUCUGCUAACUGUUGUUUGGAGCGUCGGAAGCUGGCAAGUACGCCACACGCAGUUCAUCUUAUGCCGUGCGAUGUGACGGACGAACUUACAGUUUAGGCGCGUGUGACCGUAGUGCGAAUCUCGCGUACAUAUUCAUGGAGCAUUUGAACGUGUUUAGAAAGCAACAAAAAUUCCUUAAGCGGCCAGCUGACGAUAUCGAUUCCGCCUCCGACUCUUAUGAGCCACCGGUAAAACUACAGCAUAACGGAUCCGAGAAUCUUACCAAAUUCUCCGUCGAGAUCGUUCAACAGCUGGAGUUUACGACAUCUGCCGCUAACUCGCAACCUCAGCAGAUCAGUACAAACGUUACGGUCAAGGCACUGACCAAUGCGUCCGUCAAGAGCGAAGGAUCUACGGCGAAUGGUGGUCCGGGAGGUGGGAUUGGUGGAACCGGAGGUGGCAAUGGAAUGUCUGGCCAGCAACAGCAAGCGACCAACAAUCCUACACCGUCCCCGCACAUGCACGAUCUUGGCAAUAUCGUCGAUUUCAAACAGGAGCCGGAGAACGAAUUUGCGGAUCUUUCGGCAGCGUUGGAAAAGGACGCGGCGGCCAACGGGCAUUUUCCGGGACUGUCAGACUUUAUUGGGGACGAUACGAACGAUGAAAAUGACACAUUCAAGGAUCUCAUAUCGGAUCUCUCGGACUUUCAGUCCGAUUUUCUCGAUUUCGAGGAAAAACCCCAACCACCGAUGCAGCCACAAGGACAGCAACAGCAGCCAUCAUCACACCAACAGCAAUCAGAGAUGCAGCCACAGCAGCAGCAACAUCAACAGCAUCAACAACACCAGCAGCUUAUGCAGUCGCAGCAAGCGCAACAGCAUAUGCAGCAGCAACAUCACCCGCAGCAACCGCCGCAUCACCAGAUGCAACAUCAGCAGAUGCAUCACCAACAUACGCAGCAGCAAUCUCAACAACAUCAACAACAUGCUGCAGGAGGCCAACAAAUGCUUUCGACCCUGCAACAACAACAACAACACCACCGAACACAUCCACAGCAUCUGCAACAGCAUCUUCAACAGCAGCUCCAACACCAUCAGCAAAUCGAGGUGAAGCAGGAAAGCUGUAUCAAACAGGAACAUCCCAGCCCUGGACUGAUGGAUAAUAUGAGUAUAAAGCGUGGCGGACCACUAACGCCACAGCAGCAGCAGCAACAGUAUUCGAAUGCAUUUGGGGAUGGAAUCAGUGGGCCUGGCAGCGGGGCGGGCACUGGACCAAUGACGAAACAGCGACCCGGUUCUGGGUAUGGCAAUACCCAAAACGGACCCAUGUCCGAACUUUCGCCUGCAGCCCAAACACUUAAACAUAUGGCCGAGCAACAUCAACACAAGAACGCUAUGAAUAUGGGCUUCCCACGUACAGCAGGACCCCAAGGUCCGCAAGGUCAACAGCGUCCACCCUUCUCGGAGUUCGGCCAGUUUCCGGGCAACGAUUUUAUAAACUCUCCUGUCGGUGGUGCAGGUGGUCCAGUGGGUGCUAACAGUACAGUCGGAACAGGUACGCUACCGCUUAGUGGUGGUGCACCGGGAGGUGGAGGAGGUGGUGGUGGUCCUGGCGCUGGACCUGUUGCGGGUGGUCAGUUUCAUAAGGCGAAUGUGCCACCGUUCCCUGGAGCAGACUUAAUUAAGCAGGAACUCUUUGCAUCGCAGAACGAUUUCGAUCUAAAACCAACGCUAAACCGGUUACAGUCUGCAAUGGGUCCAAACGGACCAAAACUUGGCCCAGUACCGGGUGGAUUUGUGAAAACGCCUAAUCAACAGCCAACUCCUCAACAACAACAGCAACAACAAUCUCAGCAGCAACAAUAUUCUCCCUAUGGUUCACCUGGUGGUUUACCGAACCAUAGUGGUAGUCCCGGACCAGGUUUUAUGCCAGGUCCGAGAGGAGCCGGUACCGGACCUGGUAUCGGAUCAAAUCAAGGGCCCGCUGGAGGUCCGAAUGUUGCUGGAGCAGGUGGACCUGGAGGUCCUGGUGGAGCAGGUGGUGGUGGUGGUGGAGGAGGAGGCGGCGGCGGUGGCGGUGGCGGCGGCGGCGGAGGAGGGGGAGGAGGAGGAGGAAACAAUAACACGGGUGGUUCUGGUGGUAACGGUGGGCCUAACAAUGGUAUGCCUCCUCGAGGUGGCGCACCUAAUGGAGGAUCAAUGCCGGGAGGACAAAACGCAACGAUGCUUCAGAUGAAGCAAACGCAACAGUUGCACAUCAGUCAGCAGGGUCCGGGAGGUCAUGGUAUUCAGGUAAGCGCCAACUGCGAAACUACUAUUGCCCGACAGUCCAAAAGGAACAACAAAACUGUUCACACGGUUUCAGCUGGACAGCAUUUGCAUCUUAGCGGCGAUCUUAAGUCGGGUGUAUCCGUCGCGGCACAACAAGGCGUAUUCUUUAGUCAGCAGCAAACUGCCCAGCAACAGCAACAGAAUCAGCAGCAGCACCAACAACAAACGCAUACUCAACAUCAACAACAUCAGCAACAUGCACAGCAUCAACCGCAUCAACAACAUGCACAACACCAGCAACACCAACAACAUCAGCAACAUCAGCAGCAUGGUCAGCAUCAACAACAUCACCCGCAACAUCCACAACAUCAGCAGCAUCCACAUCAGCAGCACCAGCAGCAUCAUGCACAGCAAACCGGACCGAAGCAGCAAGCGCAGCAGGGUAAACAAUCCGUCCCUGGCAUGGGCAGCUUACCCGGUGGUAUGGUCGGUGGACAAGGGGGCGUUGGGAAUGUUGGCAAUAACGGUGGGCAACAGACAACAAUACCGAAUGGUCCCGUGCAGGGUAUGAAUGCUGGCAACAUCGGCGGAAGUGGUGGUCCCACAUCGGGAGGUGGCCAUGCUGGUUCCAACCAAAACCAUUCUCAAAAUCAAGUACCCAAUUCUCAAGGUUCCUCCAUUGUCAACGAAGCACAGUACACUGUUUCACAAUCGCAAACAAUCAACUUUACGCAGCAAACGUUACGGGCACGGCAGCAGCAACACCAGGUUAAUGGAAAUGUGGGCAUGCCAAAUGGUGGUCCUGGCGGUGCGCAGCAUCAGCAGCAGCAGCAACCAGGACCAGGUAUGGGAGGACCAACGCAAAAUCCAUCGCAGCAGCAACAGCAAACGCACACGGGUGGACCGCAAGCCGGUCCGGGUGGAGCUUCCGGUCCCGGUAUUGGACAGGGUGGCGGAACGGUACCGCCUGGCAUGGUUGGUGGUAUGGUCGGUCCGGGAGGCAUGGGUGGCCCGAGUGGUCCGGGUAAUGGCGUUGUCGGAAUGGGACCGAACGCAAAUGUACCCAUGGGUAUGGGUGGCAUGAGCGGUCCGAACGGUGGUGGCAUUAGCGGAUUAAACUCGAUGGUGUCAAACUCGAUGGCACCCGGUGCUGGUAAUGGUGCAGCGGGAGUGAAUGGUGCUAGUAGCAUGGGUGGAAAUAAUGGUGGAAUGAUACAUGGCACCAUCGGCGGCCCCGGAGCAGGUGCAGGUGGACCGGGUAGUGGCGUUGGUGGUGGUGGAGGUGGCCCGACAGGUGCAAUGAGACACGCGGAACAGAUGAAAUUUUUACAACAGCAACAGCAGCAGCAAAUGAUACGAGCCCAAGCCAUGCAACAGCAGAUGGUAGCAGGCGCCCGUCCACCGCCACCCGACUACAAAGCAACACAGCAAGCUAAUCCAGCAGCAGCGGCGGCAGCAGCAGCAAUGAUGCAACAGCAACAGGCACAACAGCAGCAGAUGCUGCAUGCUGGUGGUCGUUUUCCUGCCAUGCGAAGAAUCACCCAGCAACCGAUCCCACCAAGUGGACCGAUGAUGAGAGCACAACAUGCAGCGUACAUGCAACAGCAGCAGCAGCAGCAGCAGAUGGCUGGUCACGGUGGCCCUCGAGGUGCAGCAGGCAUGGUCGGUGGUUUUGGCGCAAACGCCGGACCCAACGUUGGAGUUGUGCCUGGACCCGGUGGUACGGGGGGUGGUAGUAGCGGUGGCGCCGGUGCCGGACCUGGAAUGGCAGGACCUGUGCAACGACCGCCGAAUGUGCAAGUUGGUCCAGAAGGGUUACCGAUCGGUUCACAGCAAGCAGAGUGGCGUCAUAUGAUGGCCAUGCAACAACAGCAGCAAGUUAAUUUCGGUGGUACAAGUGGUGGAAGCAUGCGUCCAGGGUUUGGCGGUCCCGGUAGCGGUCCUGUAGGAGGACCUAAUGGAUCAGGUCCAGUUGCCCGAUUGGAUUCCUCCGUUGGACCGGGCGGACCCAAUGGACCGGUUGGUCCUGGCGGUCCGAUUGGCGCUGGUGGUGGAGGAGGAGCCGGUGGUGGUAACAAUACUACCGGUCCUGGUAUGGGGCCAAAUGGGCCAAACAAUGGUGGUCCCGGAGGGCCAGCUAGUGGCAAUAGUAUGACAGGAAUGCAAAUGCAGAUGUUACGCCAGCAAAACCUUACCAUGUACCAAGGCCAAGCCAACAACAACGGAGGACCGAUGAGCCAAAUGCAAAUGUUGCAGCAACACCAACAGCUUCAGCAGCAGCAACAACAACAACAAAGCAUGAUGAACCAAAUGCAGAUGAGCCAAAUUCACAUGUCUCAGACGCAAACUAUGUCAAUACAGCAACAGCAGCAGCAACAAAAUCAACAAUCUGUGAUGAAUACCUUUACAACGCAAUCUACGCAACAGUCUACCACAACGACAAUGAUUAGCGGAGGCGGCAGUACGGGCAAUUCAAUCGGUGGUCCUGGGGUGGGACCGAACGUGAACGGUAAUAUCAAUCCUGGUAACAUGCUCACUGGCCCAGGGCCAUCAUCAGCGGGUCCGAAUGGCAAUAACGGGAACAAUGGUAACAACACUGGCAGCAGUAACAUGAACAACAACGGCCCCGGUACCGCCAACAACAAUAGCAGUAACAAUAAUUCAUCAGAGUUCCUAGCGUUCCUGGAGAAUCUGCCUGUGGGGGAUCCAAACCAGUUUAAUGCACAGGAUCUACUCAACUCACUCGAUAAUGAUAGUUUCAAUCUUCAAGACAUUCUUUAAGGUGAACAUUAGCUUACAGAAGAAGGACAAUUUAUAAUGUGUCCCUACAGCAAGGAUAUGUUGCUGGGCUAGACAUCCUGCUGGUGCUGUACAGAGCUGCUGAAAUUGCCACGUUUUUUCAAAGGUACACCAGCAGCAAUGUAGUUCCUCCUGGUGUUAUGGAUUGUUAUAUUUAUUUAUAGCAAUGGCAAAACAUUUCACUACCUAUAGUGAAUACGGUAAAAAGUAACUAAAGAUAAAAGACAAAUCAAAAUGUAAUAACGGAACAGUAAGCAGACGAAUAAUGGGGAUGCAAUGAUGAGUAAAGUUCAUUGAUGCGGUCAAAGAUGCAAACACCGACGUGUUUUAUUAUGUACAUAGUUUCCAUGUUCUUCGGUAAACCUGUACCGUAUGAUAAUGAGAAGACCAUAAAACAAUGCAAUCGUCCCGAUCCUGUACCGAUCAAGAUUGUUACAUUUCUGGUGGCACACGUUGGUCUUCCUUUUGCUACAAAAGUGACGGAUGUGCUACAAAAGGAUGUGCAUAGUAGGGAAUAAUUGCAUAUAAACUCAUUACCUAACAGCACUGUUUACUAUUUAAAGUGAUGCAGGAAGUUUCAUUUUCGGUGCUCUCUCAAUUUAUUAUAUUGCCUUUUUCGUUCCGUUUGACAAAAAGCGAUCGAAAGAGGUUUACGGAAUGAAACGGCGCUUUAGAGCAAGAGGAAGGAAUAUGUACCUUUCCUGAGUUGGGAGUAGUAAUAAUGCUCCAUUUCUUCUACUUCCAUAUUCUGUGGUAGUGACUAAACUUCGCGUUAAACGUACAACAGCAAGAAGUUAGGAGUUAUUACCUAAUAUGCAGUAGAAGUAGUUUAAAUAGUACAGUUAAAACAAACUACACAGUAAAACAAUAAACGAGUAAACGGGGAGCAUAUAUUGAUUGACAAACAUUCCUCACUCGAGUACAGUUCGUCUUUUUCUAUAUAUACUGAAACAAACAGAAAGCGUAUGGAGUAUGUUUUCGAGUAUUCUUCAUCCCUCAGUGGAAGAAAUGAUGUAAUAACAUCAUGCUCAACACACUGUGUAUUAACGUCCCAUGCUGCGAUUCUGUUUCCCAUAAGGCGGGUUUAGUUGCAUCCUGCAAGGGAGAUGUCUUUUUUUUUCUUGAACUUGUCAAAUGAUGGGUUUUGUUUUAUGUCUCGAGUAUAUUUAUCUCUACCUUUUCCAAUUGCAAUCGAUAUCGUGUAGGAUUAAUUUAUCGAUAUAGAAAGAUCAGCAAAGUGUGUCUUUGUUUUAUGAACUAAAAAUUAGAAAAUAUUCGAUACAAGCGAUCAAGAGACUUGCUUUUCUUUCAAAGAAAAUCAACAAAAACUCAGCGUUGAUCAUGUAUAAGGUGUAGUAAGAAGUACACACACACUCGGUAUAGUUUUAACUCUCCUGUAUUAUAACAUUGUGUACAGUAAGGUUCGCGUUUCGUUUUAUCUAUUUAAAGGUAAAGAUAGGUUUGACCAUUAUUUAAUGUUUUUUUUUAGACGCGUGUAUGCAAACAAUGCGGGAUUGAACCACAUGCACCAGCUGCAAAACUAUACGACAUAAGUGGGAUUCGUAGCGUUAGUAGAUGAACAUUCUAAUAAUGAGUAAAAGAACAAUAUAUUAUAUACAUUUACAUGCAUACAAACACACACAAACUCAACCAUUGUAAACAUUGAAUUAAACAUAUAAGAAAACGAUUAAUCCAAAACAGUACACCUAAGUGUAUAGCAAAAACAGUAUGUAUACAAAGCAAACGGUAGUAAACUCGAUUAAACUGAGCUCGGAUAAACUAUGUAAUCAAAUCAACAUGUAACCAAAUCAAAUUUUAUAGAGGAAAAGAAACCAACAACCAUAAAAUGAGACAGCUCUGGGCAAUUUGUAUUUAGUUUGCUAAUUUGCCACGCUCCAGUGGCAAUGGUAACAUUUAUUCUAUACACACAUAUUUGAUGCGCCACAGUUUUGUUUUUUGGUGAAUUUUCUAGUAUGGUGGAUGAAAGUACUGCAGCCUAAUCUUGUCAAUUAAAACCCGCACAGUAUCGGAACGUAGCCGUUUCGAUGUAAGAUCAAGAACUGCAAUUUGCUUUUUUUUUCGUUUUCAUCUUGUGAUAAAUACAUUCUAUUUUUGAUGAAAAUUAAUUUUAUUUGUUAUACUCAAGCAGACACGAAACAUAAAAGUACUGAAUUGGCGAAACACCACAUGAAAAUGAUUGCUUUCAUCCCAUGUAAUAAAUGGUCAUCUAUAAAGUAACUUCAUCAUAAGAAAUGCCAAUUGAACAAAAUAUACACAUAUAAGAAGAAAUUAAAAACAAAAGCUAAAGAAAAUGCUCUAUAGUUCUUACAUCGUUGUAGCAAAAUGAAAAAAAAAUCAUAAACUAAAAAGCAAAACACAAAACACAAACACAAAUUGCAUGGAGCAAUAAAUGCUUGUUACCUUACCAGUUUUGGUUACGCCAGUAAAAUGAAUUGCCGAACUUCGAAUGAGGAGCCAUUACAUACACCAUACACAAGAAGAGUGCAUAAAGUUUAGUCGGGUAUGAAAUAGAAGAAAAAGAAAGCUAUAGAAAAUUUACAUUUAUACAAGAAACUAGCAAAAGUGAAACAGCCGACCUUGCACCAUUUUGUCUCUAAUGGGAACGGGACUUUAUUCUAGCAGUCAUUAGCCAUUUUCCUUCUCUGAUCUUUAAUCGUUUCGCACUACAAAUCAUAUAACAAAACAACCGUUACACAUUCUGUAUUAUCGAAAUGCAAGCUAGGAUACAAUUGUGAUUUUUUUUCCUUUUUUUUUUUGUUUGUUAAAUUAUUUCGGCAAAGCCAAUGGGCGGGAACAUUCGUGUCUCAUUCGAAUCGUGAACGGUCGUUGUGUACAUGCACAGUACAUGCACGAAACAAAGUUUUAUUUUUAUUGCAAGCCACUAUUUAAGUACGAAGAAAGACCAAAUCCGACGAUGUUGUUAGGGUGCAUAAAUUGUGAUGUAAAUAUUGAUUUCUGAUGUGGGCUUGUAUUGGGAGGAAUUUUCCGUUGUAAAUUAUGGCACAUCCGUCAAAAACAAGUCGCCAAACAUAUGCGGGCGCCCAAGGAAUAGAGAGCAUAGGGAGAUAAUUUCUGUGACAAAGUAUUUUUCGAGGGCCUUUAAUGAAUUGGACUUUAUAGAUUGUAAAAAAAAAUGCAUUACUUACUAGCAUUAAAAUGCAAUCGGUUUUUUUUUUGUUUGUUUUAGUAAUUUUUAACGAGAAAAAUUCAAAAAUGUAACACUUAGGAGACCGAUUUGAUCGUCUAAGGUACGUUUUAAUGUAUUAUUUUACUCCAUGUACUUCUAUUGACAAUUAUUAUAUGAUAAUUAAAGCAAAGCAUUAAAAGAACAUGCAUUGAACAUUCACGCUGCAGCAGUAUAAAAACUCCACGUCAAAAUGCAAUAUGCAAAAAUCGACAAGUAGAGGCGAAAUUUGCGUUCGAGUUAAAAAAAAAAACAACAAAAUUUCAUCCAUGAAGGGGGAGAGACAAAUGCUAGACAAAAAGAAGCGCAAGUGUAAAAACAAACAAAACACAAUCGAACAAGAACAAACGAUUAUUUGAAAUAUAGAUAAUUAAAUUGAA